AUGAAUGAAGAGGAGGUAGGAAGCACUCUGGCCUUGGAGACUCCUGAGGUAACUGCCAAUGCAGAAACCUAUGAUGGACCCUCUAGAGUUGCAGUGGAGGAGAUUGCGGUGGUGGCUGAAGUUGCGAUGGAUGAGGUUGCAGUGGAGACGCAACCAAAAGUAGUUGAAGAGAAAAAAAAGAAGAAGAAAAGAAAAGGGAGAAAGGCUGGAGAGGCUGAGUCUUCUCAUCAUCGCAAGGAGAAAAAGAAGAAAGAAAAGGAUGAUGACGAAGAUGAAGAAGCCAAGAAGGAAAUGAAGAGGAAAGAGAAGGAAGAAAGAAGAGAGCGCCAACGUGAGGAAAGGUGCCUGAGAAAAGAAGAAGAAAAGAAGAAGAGGGCUGCGAGCCCAGAAAAGGAUGGAAAAUCAACCUCCGUAAGGGAGAACAGGGGGAAACAGUGCAAUUAA